AUGCAUGGAGGAAGAGGACGCACCCCGGGCGGACCUAGCUUUCCCAAUGGUCAAUGGCCCAAUCAAGCAGCAGCAGGUAACCUCGGUACUUUGCAGAGUCAAGGUUCUCUGGCAAGGGAGAUAGCAAUUCCUCAAACAUUUGGUGGCGAUCAAUCUCGGAAACCCACGGGUCCCAGGACUGGUUUUCGGCAAGAAAACAGCGGCUAUCAUUACUCCAAGGGUUCAGUUGAUCGGUUCGAAAAUGGACCCUCAAACACUGGAGGAUACAACAACGGUAACAGUGGGGGAUACAACAACGGUAACACUAGAGGGUACACCAAUGGUAACAAUGGAGGGUACACCAACGGUAACAACGGAGGGUACACCAACGGUAGCAACGGAGGGUACACCAACGGUAGCAACGGAGGGUACACCAACGAUAGCAACGGAGGGUACACCAACGGUAACAACGGAGGGUACAUCAACGGUAACAACGGAGGGUACAUCAACGGUAACAAUGGAGGAUAUACCAGCGGUAGAGGGACUACAGCUCGCCAGCAGUUUGCGACUCCCUCAGCUAAAUUUCCCGGAUCCUUUAGGACUGACUCAAGCGCACAUGGCUCUGUGGGUUCGCCCGUUGACCGUGAUUAUCAACCAGGAUACUCAAUAUCCGGAAAUAAAACCAUGAAUAGUCGCAGUCCAGGAAGUGGUGUAUCCAACUCCAGGCAAGGAAGACCCUUUCAGACUGGAUCCGAGUCCUUGGGAUAUUCAUUAGUCGGUGGCGACAACCACCCGCCAGAUAACACAGCGAGAAUAAGCCCCCAAGACCACAACUGGACCUCUGAUCUGAAUAAAAGAGGUGAGAUGAAUUAUCAAAUUGACAGCAGAAAUAAGCUACAGGAUAGAGAAACCUUUCAUCCAACUGCCAAUGGUACGAUGGCCCUAGUGAAUUACACUCCCCCAAACCGCAGAAUUGAAAACAAUCAUGCCCCGACAAAUAAUAGAUAUCAGCCACAACAUGCAGAAAAGCGGACUCUUAUAGAACCCUCGCAUCUACCAGCUAUUAAAUGCGGAGAUGUAAAGAAUUCUCAUGGUGGCAAGUAUAAUAGCAGGCUUGGGUCAGGGCUACACACAAAUCAGAACCUGAUUUCCAAGAUACGUCAACCAAAAGACGACCCGAAUGACCAUCAACCGGGCUUAUUACAUUAUACAGCUGAAAAUUCAGACUCGGGCUCUGAAAGUUCGGGCAGGUACACACCCGAGCUGUUCCAACAAGCGGACCUCUCUAUUAGGCAUUCGCCCAAGCCCGAGCCCUAUGUCGACCGGAAUGCAGUGAGAUUGUUUUGGGAUAAUGAAAGGGAAACUCAAAAGGAAACAAAUCCGGAUCCCUGGAUUGAUAUUUUGUCACCGGGGAAAAAUGAAUCGUCAGAAAAAAAGGCCCCUGCAGAAAAAAAGGCCCCCACAAGGAAUCACCCCGCGAGCACUGAUACAGUGUUUGAUGACGUGAAGGUUUUCUUACCAGAGAGUAUAACGAAUAAGGAGGGCACGCGGAGCGAAGAUCCUAUUCUGGCCGCCAAUUUACAAAAACCCGGCCAGUUUACCAAGGGUAAUAUCUCUGUUGCUGAAGAAAAAUCGGGCGAGAAAGGUUUCAACCCAAUACCACUGCCACUUGCUAACACCAGUAUCGCCACUGACGCCGACGCCAUCUUUACCAACACCAGCACCCCCUACGCCAUCUGUACCAGCGCCAGAACCACCGACGCCCUCACCAACAACACCGGCACCACCGACACCAUCUCUGCCAGCGCCGGCACCACCGACACCGUCUCUGCCAGCGCCGGCACCACUGGCACCACCGACGCCGUCUAUAGUAAUACCGAUACCACCAACACCACCCCCAAUAACGCCGACACCACCGACGCCGUCUACAAUAAGACCGACACCACCGACGCCGUCUACAAUAAGACCGACACCACCGACGCAGUCUCGUACAAAAAUCGAAACGUAAAGGCGAAGUCUUCCGCCCCUGCCACCGUUCCUGAAAGUGCCUCUGACCCUAUUCGUGCCCCCGUUCCUGCUCGCGUUUCUACUUCGGCCCGUAUUCUGGACAAUGUUCCUAUUCCCUCCCUCAAAUGGGUAGAACAAAACGCAAAGGUGACUCCGUCCCCCUAUCCUCGAGUAGCAAAAGAAAACCCUAAGGACGAGCCUUCUACAACUCCUCGGGCGGGGGCUUGCUGGAGAAAUCGGGUCAAUGAUGACGACGUCGAUACAUGGGAUUUUCAAGGGAUCAACAAACAAUGGUCCGAUGAUGAGGCUAUUGAGAAACGGGAAGCUAGAAAGACCGGGAAGAAAAAUAAGUAUCGGAUCAGAAAAGCCCAUGCGGCCAGAGAUUUGCCAGAUCAGGAUGAUAAUGGAGGCGUACCUCUUGGUAAAUUCAUGGGAGCCGAAGCUGUCCAGUCUACAAAAGCAGAGUCGGUACCAGACGAGCCCCUCGAAGCGCCGAAAUUCGAUGGACCAAAAUCAGUAAUGGUUAGAGCUGACAGGAGCCAUAUUGGACGUUACUCUGAUGGAGCAGUCACCGGCAUUAGAAAAUUGUCCGAAGACACUUUGACGACGAUUUUCAGCUAUCUCGCCGACGGCCUCAUGCCGGAGGACCAAAUGGAAACGAAAAAUGUCCACAUUGGAAAUAGCUUCAAAUUUGAUACCAGCUUUACCACAACAAGGUAUCGACGUCUGAGGGCAGUUCUCCGUUCCUGCCACUAUUGGCGUCAUCUAGGCCAACAGAUUGUCUGUAAGUAUGUCAAUCUGAACAAACUUCCUAGUUUUGAGCGGUUUGUCCGGACAAUCAGCGAAGACGAGGAAUUGGGUAAUAUGGUCCGCGCCAUCAAAGUAAACAUACAUGGUGGGGCAUCAUAUAUGGCCCAUGACAGAAGUCCUUCAAAGCAGUUAGCGGAGAUGCCAAAAGUCAGUGAUUUGGCACAACUAUUUACCAGGAUGAUGCAGAGCUGCCCCCAACUUCAAGUACUAUCGGUGAACAUGCAUGGUGCUAUCAUGGGAUUUAACCUGGUUUUCGAGAAAUUUCCAAUGAUGAGAGAAAUUCAAAUCAAGGAUGACAAGAGCAAGGGCAUUGUGGCCCAUAAUAUUUGGAUCAAUUUGUCGAGAAACUAUCCAAACCUGGAGAAUUUCAGGAUUUUUCAUUGUCAGGAGAACGCUGCAACAAACUUCAAUAACCUCAAAAAUUCAAAGAUCUUCCAGUUAAAAGGUGGCAACGAAAUCAUUUUGAAGGCGCUUACGAUGGAGCGAUGUCCGGAAAUUUCUGAUAGGAGUCUGGCAGCUCUUUGCCCGAAGCUUAAAAACUUGACGACCCUUGUGAUUGUGGAUUGCAAAUUAGUUACUUCUGGAGGUAGUCUUUCGGGUUUCAAAACAUAUUCAUGA